AUGGAUGAAUCUGAUGAUGAAUCUAAUGAUGAAUCUAAUAAAGAGGAUGAUCCUAAUGAGAUGCAACUUGAGGACGGUGGCAAUAGUGACAUGACAGAGGCGGUCGUGGCAGAGGCUGAGUCGGCAGCAGCUAGGAUCGUGAGUGAGUUGAAACAAGCAGCAGGCAAAAAACAGAAAUUCACUCACACAACUGGGUCGAAAAGUUUUGCUUAUGUAGUUGAGGCCAAGGGCGUAAAUGCGUCUAAAAAGUUGGGCGCCUUGACUUUUGACAUUACACAUAGGAAGAAAGAUGGAUCUCCUAUGACUUCAAGUGCAGAAAUUAUGCACUUAAUCUAUUGGGCUCUUAUUCCAAUAAUAGGAACCAUAGCUAUUGCAGUCACCGUUUUCACCUUGGUCAUGUACGGAAACUGCGCCAUUUUCUCACCAUCAACUCCUUCGGGGCCGACGAGCAGUAAAGAUUUGUCAGCUCGACUAGACCUAAGCCCUUAUUCGGCUUCAUCGUUCAAGUUCAGCAAGGAAUUAUGGUUGGCUCGAACCGUUGAGUCGAACCGAGAGGACGGAACGGAGUGUGUAGUGUGCUUGUUAGGGUUCGAAGAUGACGAAGUGGUUCGACAGCUUCAUCGAUGCAAGCACUCGUUUCAUGCUACUUGUAUUGAUAUGUGGAUGUACUCGCAUUCAAUUUGCCCGAUUUGUCGAACCCCAGUCGACCGACGGGUAGCUCUUGGUGAUGAUUUUACGUCGGACGAUAACUCAUUGUGCAUGGGAAUAGAGGGCGUCUCAUCUAUCUCAUCACCUUAA